GUCAGUUAUAUACCUAUAUUAUAACGUAGAUGAUGAAUGCUCUAUGCAUCCUGUACCUAUAUAAAAUUAUCUUUUAUUUUUCUUACCAUUAAUCGUACUAGUAUAGUACCUAGCGAAUUAUAUUAUUCAUUUAAAACUACGUUUUUGAAUUUUUACAUACAAAAUGUUACCAAGUAUAUUUAUUUAUAUAAUUUCAUGUUCUGCAAUCGCCGUCACAAGUGCGUCGAAUAUUUUAGUGUUUAUGCCUUUGCCGUUUAAAAGCCAUAUUCGUGGAUUUCAACCGUUGUUCGAAGAAUUGACUCACAGAGGACACAACGUAACAGUAGUUAGUUCAUACCCUCAAAAUCGUCGGAUUGCCAACUACACAGAUAUUGGACCAUUUAUUCCCAAAGGACAUGAAAGAAAUGUUAUGGAUUCGAUCGACAUGAAUUUUCUAACUUCAGUUUUCUCGGUAUGGGACAUUGGUUUCAAAUUUUCUGAAGUAUUGACACAUAAAUCAAUGGAGGAGUUUCUUCGAACAAAUACUGACUCGUUCGAUUUAGUUAUAAUAGAAUCGUGUUGUCAAGAAUAUACCGUGGCCUUAGGUCAUAAAUACAACGCCCCCGUUAUUAAUCUGGCGCCGGCCAUGAUCUGGAGCAGUAUUAGCAAAUGGUUGCAUGUCCCUUCCACGUUCUCUUACAUACCGAACGUCCUUUUGAAAACAACAAGCAAUAUGAGUUUCAUUCAACGAUUGAAAAACACCAUUACUGGAAUACUACAAUUGUAUGUUGAAAAUUACUUGUAUUUACCUAAAAUGAAGGAAAUAAUGGAUACACACUUCACAUACAAAGGUUGGGAAUCCAGGCCUUCGCUUGAAGAUAUGUUGAAUAAUGUAUCCUUAACACUAGUGAACGCUCAUUAUGCGAUCGGUAUAUCCAGACCAUAUCUUCCAGGUGUUAUUGAUAUUGGUGGUAUGCACAUCAAAGAGCCCAAAUCUCUGUCUGUUGAUCUUCAAACAUUUGUGGAUUCGGCAGAACAAGGAGUAAUUUAUUUCAGUUUUGGUUCGUCGAUUAACUUAAAUCACUUGCCUCAAGAAAAAUUAAACAUCUUUCUUAGCACAAUAAAAAAAUUAAAACAAAAAGUAAUAAUAAAAUGGACACCAAAUUCUACUAUUGAAUUACCUCAACAUAUUAUGACUGGUUCAUGGUUUCCUCAAAAUGAUAUUUUAGCUCAUCCAAACGUCAAACUUUUCAUUACUCACGGAGGACUACAUAGUUUAGAAGAAACCGUUUAUUUCGAAAAACCUGUAGUUGCUGUACCAUUUUUUGGUGAUCAAUUUUUAAACAUGAAAUAUGUAGAGAAAACGGGCUAUGGUAAAGUAGUAGAUUUUUCAAAAAUGACUGAAGAAUCGUUCGGAAAUUCCAUCAAAGAAGUAUUGUCAAAUCCAACGUUUAAAAAGAAUGUAGAAAUCCAGAGUCGGAUCUACAGAGAUCAACCGAUGAAACCAUUGGAUCGAGCUGUCUACUGGGUUGAGUAUGUUAUUCGAAAUGGAGGUGCUAAGCAUCUAAAAAGUGACUCAGUGGGGUUAAAUGAUGUACAGUAUUUUUUGUUAGACAUAGUAUUUCUUUUACUAAUACCAAUUGUAUGUUUAAUUUGGUCAUGUUAUUUAUUUUUUGUAAAAAUUACAUAUAAACUGUAUGUUUCGAACACAAAUUACCAACGGGCCAUAUAUACUUACGUCAAAGUGAUUAUUCACACAGUUAAAAUGAAAAAUUACAAUUUUAUCAUAUGGAUUUUUAAACUUCUUACACUAAUCACUAUUACACAAAGUGCUAAUAUACUUGUUUUUGCACCGAUGCCAUUUAAAAGUCACUUUAGAGGAUUUCAACCAUUAUUUAAAGAACUUGCUGCUAGAGGACAUAAUCUUACAGUAGUUAGCAUAUUUCCACUGAAGACACCAUUGGCAAACUAUACAGACAUUCCAAUUUCAGUAGAUGAAAAUAUUUUAAAAAGUGUCGAUCCAAUGGAGUUAGCUAGUCAUAGUUUUUUAACAGUAUUACCUGGUAUGUGGCGUAUGUCUACAUCUUUAGGUUCAAAAAUGGUUUCCAAACCAGAAAUGCAAAAUUUCAUUUUAUCCCAAGACUACGAAUUUGAUCUAGUUAUGGUUUUCCCAUUUUGCCAAGAAUACACAAUCACACUAGGCCAUAAAUACAAAGCACCAGUUAUUAAUUUAGGUGUUUCGAUGUUGUGGCCAUCCAAUAGUAAAUGGAUUGGUGAACCAUCUACAUUUUCGUACAUACUUGAUCAGCGAACCAGAGCAACUGAUCAAAUGUCGUUCAUCGAACGGUUCAAAAAUACUGUCAUUGGAAUUUAUCAAUUAUUUUUGGAAGAUUAUUAUUAUUUACCUUUACAAAAAGAGACCAUGGAUAAAUAUUUUAAAUAUAAAGGUUAUGAAUCUAGGCCUCCCAUUGAGGACAUGUUGAGAAACGUGUCAGUGACAUUAAUCAAUUCACAUUACAGUAUUGGUGUUACAAGACCCUACCUGCCUGGUACAAUUGAAAUUGCAGGACUUCAUGUGAACGAACCAAAACCAUUAACCGGAAAAUUUUUGGAGUUCGUUGAAUCUGCCGAGUACGGAGUAAUAUAUUUCAGUUUUGGUACCAUUGUGGAUCCGUCCACUUUACCAAAUUCAACUAUAGACAUUUUUAUAAACGUUUUAAAGAAAGUGAAACAAAAAGUAAUGUGGAAGUGGGAUUCAAAAAAUCUGCCACAAUUGCCCAAUCACGUCAUGGUUAGCGAUUGGUUCCCGCAACCCGAUAUCUUGGGUCACCCAAACGUUCGUCUGUUCAUCACACACGGAGGUGUACACGGUCUUGAAGAAGCUACCUAUAAUGCGUUGCCAAUUGUUGGCAUUCCUUUCUUUGGAGACCAACACAUGAACAUGAAAUUAGCUGAACGUAAUGGCAUCGGGAAAAUGGUAGAUCAUAUUGGUUUGAAUGAAAAAUCCAUGUUAUCUGCCAUAAAUGAAGUUCUUACAAAUCCAAAGUAUAAAGAAAACUCGAAGUUACGAAGUGAAAUAUUUAAAGAUACCCAUCCAAGACCUAUGGACCGGGCGAUAUAUUGGAUUGAAUAUGUUCUCCGCUAUGGUGGAGCUAAUCACCUUAAGAGUAGUAGUAUUGUAUUAAAUUAUAGCCAAUAUUUCCUAGGAGACGUUUGUUUUGUAGUUAUUAGUAUAACUGCUAUUAGUAUAUUUGUGAUAGCGAUGAUGAUUAAAUAUAUUUUUAAAGCUAAAACUAUAAAUUCUUCUAAGAAAAAAAAAUAAUAAAUAGGUAUUAUGAUUAUUAGUUACAAUCACAAUAAUUGGUAUUCUUACAUAAACUUGUAAGUAGUAAAUCUACUAUAUUUAGUUCUAAUACUUGAUAAUUUUGAUUAAUAACAAGUUUAAUAAUACAUACACUGAAAUAUACCUAUACUAUAGGAUGUACAAAACAGCCAAUCAUUAUAAUAUCCUGCACCUGCAACAUAUUUAGCAUGUAUCUAUUAAUAAUUAAUAUACUUUAUGAUUUCUUGAAGUUAGCGGUUUUAUGAACUUAUAAUGUAAACUAAUAAUGCGUGUGUAUACGAUACGUCGCGUAUGAUACGCGUCCAUGUGUUUCACAUAGGCGAUAAUAUAUAGUAUAGUUACUGUUUUCAUAUUGUAUAGCUUAAAUCUUUAAAAUACAACAAUUUGACUUUGUUUUUAAAGAUUACAUAUUUAGAUUUUAUUAAUACCUAAUAAAUUAUCUAUUAUGAGUUUUUUAAUUAAAA